AGGAAAGCGUGCAUACUGUGCUUUUGUGCGAGUGGUCAACUUCCGAGGGACCGGCGCUGCACAUCGCGGUCAAGGAUGAGCUGCCUUUCUAGCUGUUUAAUCGUCACUGCUCUCAUUUACUGGACUUGGCUGGAGCUUCUUCUCAACCCAACGAGCAACGCUCUCACCGCCAACCUAAGUCUCCAUAAACCGGCCGUGCGGAUGACAACCGGUAGAUCCGACACCGAAACGGACCUGGCUUUUCUUCGGUCAAGACUUCAUUAUUUCUCCUCGCCCCUGCCGGCUCGCCCGUAUUCCCUGUCCAUCAACGCCGAGGACUACCAUUACGCGCCAAAACCGAAGCACCUGCGCCCAGCCCGCCUGCUUCGCAUACUGGGCCCGUCUUUCGACCCCUUCUGGAUGUCCAUCGAGCGUCCCGCCGAGGCGGCGGGCGUCUCGGGCUCGGAAGGAGCGGAGGAGCAGUUUGCGACCGAGGGACUGGCUGCUGGGAAAGAUUUCGACUUCAGCGCCUCUCCGGAGCUGACCGAGGGAGCGGCUCGCUACCAGCGGAAGCUGGAGAAGGAAGCAGAAGACGUGGACCUGAGCGUGCUUCCUCGCGACGUUGCUGCCGCGGUGCGGGCCUGGUUGGUCCGGUCAGCUACCUGCGCGCUCCGAUACAAGUGGGUGGACCUGGGUCCCGUCUUCUGGCCCCGCUGGCUGCGCCACACCGACUGCGAUCAGCCCGGGCGCGUGCAGAGCUGCUCCUUUCCUGCUGGAAUGGCUUGCCGGCGUGCGCAGGUCACGCAGAUCAAGAUUUUGGCGUGGCAUUGCUGGGGCAGCGAGGACAGGGGGGUGGAGGCAGCGGGGGUGGCUGACCUGGGCUUGGCCAUGUACGGGAAACGGUGCGUGUGGCGACAGGUCCCCUACCCUGUUGUCACCGCUUGCAAAUGCUCUUGCAAAUAA